UCAGUCAUGGUCGUACAAAGUGAAAGUGUCAUGUUGGAUAAUCCUCUUAAAAUGGCAGCAAGGUGCGUUUUAGUCACAAAUACUGCCUUGUCCCUACAUAAACAAAUAAUGGCUCAUAACCAGUAUGUUCUAGUGUCAAUAAUCUGCUGUAUGCGUAGGUCACGAUGCUACAUGGCUGCAUCCCUGGUGUUCAGACUGCAUGACAGAGGUCCAGAGGUGGUGAGAGAGGUGCUUCUGGAGCGAGGAUGGGAGGAAUACGAUGAAGAUGAGCGCGAGGAGGAAGACUGGAACCUCUACUGGCGCGGCUCUGCAUUUCGCACCUCAGAAUACCACAACCUACUGCCAUGGCAACGUCUAAACCACCAUCCCAAAACCGUUGGCAUCACACGUAAGGACUGCUUGGCACGCAACCUGAGGAGAAUGAAAGCCACAUCUGGUUCAUCUCUCUAUGACUUCAGUCCCACCGCCUUCAUCCUUCCCAACGACUACACCCGCUUCCUGGCUGAGCACAACAAACUACGUCUGGUGAGAGGCCCGUCGACCUACUGGAUAUGUAAACCUGUGGAUCUCUCCAGAGGCAGAGGGAUCUUCAUCUUCGAAGACAUUAAGGACUUGGUCUACGACUGCUCUGUAAUCGUUCAGAGGUACAUCAGCAACCCUUUGCUGAUCUCGGGUUACAAGUUUGAUCUGAGGAUCUAUGUGUGCGUCAAGAGCUUUCAUCCGCUGACGGUUUACAUUCACCAAGAAGGUUUGGUGCGUUUCGCCACCGAGAAAUACAACCUGUCAUCUCUGCACAACUUGUACGCUCACCUCACUAACACCAGCAUCAAUAAGUUCGGGCCCUUCUACAAAACUGAAAAGGGGAGAGUGGGGCAGGGAUGCAAGUGGACCAUGAGUAAGUUCAGACACUUUCUUUACAGCCAAGACAUCAGCGAGCUUCUUUUGUGGCAGAGAAUCAACAACAUCGUCACUCUGACCCUCCUCUCCAUCGCUCCGUCUGUUCCGUCCUGUCCAAACUGCGUGGAGCUGUUUGGCUUUGACAUCCUCAUUGAUGUGAAGUUUAAACCCUGGCUGCUGGAGGUCAACUGCAGCCCUGCGCUGACUCUGGACUGCCAGGCUGACAUCGCAGUAAAGAAAGGGUUAAUCAGUGAUUUGAUUGACUUGAUGAACUACACAGCAGUUGAUGGCUUAAGAGAUAGAGCUUAUCAGAAACACAGGUACAAGCAACCUUGUUUUAACACUAACCAUGCCUCUCAUAUUUCUAUACCUCCGCUUUCCCAGUUAAAAAACCCUAAAUUUCAGAGGAAAAGGAGAGAUGGCAAGACCCAACAAACUCCCACACUCCCUUUGCUAAGAUCUCUUCGGCACUCUGAGAAAAUGAACCAGAGACAGUCCAGGCAACAUGCUUUUGUAGCCAACUACCAAAGACGCCUUCCACCCGUUGACUUGGACAGCAUUUACGCAGCCAGGGGAAGGAUGAUUAACACUCCACAAACCUGCACCGAUCAGAGCCCUCACCUGAUACUCGGCCCAGAUUCAAGGACAAACAUGUCAGUGGUAAACAGACAGACGUGUCCAACUCUCGCAUCGAACCUGACAGACAACAGGAGUCUUCACGUGUCUGAGAUUACAAACCAUGACAACACCGAAACAGAAGCUGAGAUCUGCAGAGAGACAGAUGCUUCCUCUACGAUACCCGACACCCAGCAGAGGGGGCUGGGACUCAGACGCUCUGCUGUGUCCUGGAAGCUCCCCAACAUUCACAGUGGGAGUCAAAGGCCUGUAAGGAUCUCUGUGGAAGGAACCGCAGCACUGAAUGGACAAUGCAUGCCUCCACUCAGAGUUGGAGACUUCAUACGGACAUUCCCAUUUAACGAAGCCACUCUGAAGGCCUCGCAGCAUAAACUGGAUGUCACAAUAAUCUUACAGCAGCUUCACAUGCUCACUGGUCAGCUGGUUUCAGGCCAAUCAGACAAGACAAAGUGGAGGAGAGAGGACGAGGUAAGGAAAAAUACGGGGAUUAAAGAUGACUUUGAUUCACUGUUGUGGGGACCAAAAGAUCCUCCACUGUUCAGCCAGUGCUUCAAACCCAUUUAAGUCAUGUGCAGACUAUCAUAACUAGCAAAUGUAACCACACGAGGGGGCACCAACUACACAUCUGAUCUCAGACUAGGUGACAACAUUACACUGGAUUAAAUGGUUUGCAAUAUUACAAGAAAAUCUUCUGACAACUCAUUGUUGGGGAGAAGAUUUAAGGAGGAAACGUGGUGCAUUCAUGCAAAGUGGCUGUAUCACAAUUUUCUACUGAAAAAGACAGUAACACAUCUAAACUAAUAGAAAGUAGACUAAAUAACAAUGAAUAGACACAGUUUGAUCAUAAAAGCAAACAUACGC